UUUGCAGAAAUUCUCAAAGUGGAUUAUUGUGAUGCCUGAAUCAAUUAUUGUGUUUGUCAUGUGAAUACACUUGGUUUAAGGUUUUGCAGUACUUCAGUUUUUUUGCGUUUAGAAACACACACUGCUUUAACUCACAUUUUGAUAAUAUUGAACACAAACAUACGUAGUAAGUUAUUAAACGACGAUGGUGACGGGAAAAAUCACCGGCAUUUAAAGGAUAUUGCAUCAAUUCCUAUAAAUAUUUUAUUUAAAUUCUACAAAAACAAACAGUAAAAGAAACCGAUAUGAAGAAAAGAAAGGCGUUCAUCAUAAUUAAUAUGAAUAACUUAUAAUGUGCAAAUAAAAACGAAUCAGACGACCUGAAAAGCAAACAUACUUGAUACAGUUGGAUCCACAGUUAUGUUUUUUGCUGUGUACUCAACUGUGACGUCCUUGCCAUUCUGCGUAGCCGUGUUUGGCACAUUAGUGGUCAGUGCUUUCAUUUACGUCAAGUCUUUUAUGACACUACCAUCAACCAUUCCAAAACUGUAUUUCAAAGAAUCAGCAUUGGCGUCGCAUCUUCUCAAGCGAUGCAGACUAAUGAACCGUAACUUCGAUCCGCCUUGGUAUCUACGAAACGCGCACAUCCAAACGAUACUUUCGUUUAUUCUCACACAUACCUCAACUGAAUUUGAAAGGGAAUAUCUACAAAUGCGUGAUCGAGGAGUCGUAGCGCUUGACUGGGCUCUUCAUGUUUCUGUUCAUAAGAAAAAGCGUUGUUCUGUGUUAAUAAUACUUCCGGGAUUAACCGCUACCUCGGUCAACGUUUCAAACCUGUGUAGUUUAGCUGCUAACAAAGGUUAUAGGCCUGUUGUGUUUAACCAACGAGGAUUCGGAAAUUCAGUGUUAACUACUCCGAAGAUACUGAGCAACGGGGAUCCGCACGAUUUACGCCAAGUUGUAAAAUAUAUACAUAGUCGAUACCCAAAAGCGUUAGUUACAAUGGUUGGAUUAGGAACGGGUUGUUCGCUUUUACUGUCAUAUCUUGGAGAAUUCGGUUCAUCGGCAAACAUUUGUGCUGCAGUGUGUAUAUCGGCGUGCUUUGACAACUCCGGGAAGUUUUCGAAAGGCGUUCAAGGAAUAUAUGACAUAUUAUAUUUGUUGUCAUUGAAAAUUACGUUAUGUGAACAUUCAAAUUCACUUUCAAAGUAUAUCGAUUUUAAUGAGUUGCUCAAAUGCUGGUCAUUUCGACAUUUUGAUGAGCUUAUGUAUUCAAAGUUAUAUAACUUUUCAAAUGUAGAUGACUUUUGGGACCGCAAUAAUCCUUUGAGAGAUGUGGAUGAGAUAUCAGUUCCUUUAUUAUUUAUCAAUAGCUUAGAUGAUCCGUUUUAUUCCAAAAUAAGCAUUCCAUACGACCUCUGCAAGUACUAUCCACAUUUUCUGAUUGUGUGUACUAGUAAAGGUGGACAUUGUGGAUUUAUUGACGACCCUUGUGAUGUAAGUUGGGCGGAUAAACUAGCACUGGAUUACUUAGACACUGUAUUAGAGUUUACAAAUAAGGGUCAUACUAUUAAUUAUGGAAAAUGUGGCGUCAGAUCUACUAUUUAAGUAAUUUCUUGA